CUCCUCCCUCUGAAUUACAGGUUGCCAGCCUCCAUGCUGCCUUUCCUGCAUGUCACCAUCUUUCUCCUCCUCUUCUGCUCCUCAGCAGGAAGAGGAAGCCCCCUUCGUGAAGGCCUGCAGGUGCUGAAGACUGAAUAUGUCAAUAGAAAGCACGUGAGAGAUGUCCUGCAUGCUGUUUACACCACAUUAAACAACUCCAGUCAAAGCACUGAGAUGGACCUGGCCUGCACCCUUUUUGUGCAAGCAGGGUUGCCAGUGUCCCCCUGCUUUGUGGAGCAAGUCUCCCAGUGGGCCAACAGCAGUCUGGAGCCAGCCAACUUCACUGAGCCCAACAACACUACCAUUGAGGUCUACUAAGGCACAUCCAAGCAGAUCACAGGUGAGAGCCCAGGUGGCCCACUGUGGGAGCAGGUUGCUGCCCUGUCAGCUCAGUUGGCAACUGUGAGCACUAUGACCUUCCAAAACACCUGGCAGAGAAGAUUCUCUUCCAUAGCCUCACAGCCCCUGCCUUUCACGUGUGCUCAGGGCUUUGUCCUCCAAGUCCCCAUGAUGCACCAAAUGGCAGAGGUCAGCUAUGAUGAGUCCUCCUCCUUUGGCCAGUUCCAGGAUGCCGCAGGCCAUGAGGUGGGCGUUCUGGAGCUGUCAUACCGAAGGGUGGCCAAUCUGUUCCUGGGGCUGCCUUGGGACAAAGACAUGCCCCUGGACCACAUUGAGCCACACCUUACAGCCAGAGUCAUCCACCUCUGGACUACCCGACUGAGGAACAGGAUGGACGUGUUCCUCCCCAGAUUUGGGAUCCAAAACGAGUUCAACUUAAAAAGCAUUCUAAGUUCUUGGGGAGUCACUGAUCUUUUUGAUCCACUGAAAGCUAACUUGAAAGGAAUUUCUCUCGUUUGGCGAUUAGGCCAAGAUGGGUUUUAUGUUUCUGAAGCAAUCUACAAGGCCAAGAUGGAGAUUGCAGAGGAAGGCACCAAGUCAUCUGCAGUCACAGGUAUAUUCGCAAUGCUCAGUGGUCCUCAAACUGCCUACCCACCUACCAUGGUCAAGUCUUACCAAGGUCUUGGGAUACCUGUUUUUAAAGCAGAUCACCCUUUCAUCUCUUUCCUGAGAGAAUCAAGCACAGGGGUUGUCUUCAGUAUUGGGAGAGUUUCAAAUCCCCUUGACUAA